AUGUCGAUAGUAACCGAUUUGCUUUCUUCUUUCGCAACAGUCUUGCUAAUACAAACGGGAAUUUUCUUCUUGAUAAAAUUUCUCUUUCAAAAUAAUAAACUAUACAUUCCCAAUAAAAAAAAAUUACUACCACACCCUCCAACGUUCCCAAUUGUAGGGAAUUUAUUACAAUUAAAAGUUCGACCAUUAGAAAAGCUAAAUCAAUGGAAUAUAAAAUAUGGACCAAUUUAUAGUAUCAAAUUAGGACAAAAAUAUAUUAUAUUAUUAAAUAAUCACGAAGUGGUGAAUGAUUUGAUAGUGAAACGGGGUUCAAAGUAUUCUUCAAAAUACAACUUUAGCAAUUUAAAUACGAUAUUGAUUAAAAGCAAUUCGACCGCUUUCACUCCUUAUGGGAAUCAAUGGAAAAGAGAUAGAUCUAUUGCCUAUGGCGCUCUCACUUCUCGUCCCAUUAAAUCUUAUUAUAAUUACAUCUUAAAAGAUUCGGAUCAACUUAUUAAAGCUUUAAUGAUGAAACAUGGUCAACCCAUUUAUCCUUUACAAAUAAUUAAAAGUUUUAUUUUAACAAACAUGUUAAAUAUUUUGUUUGGCGCACAGAUAAAGGGGAAUGAUGACCCUUUCUUAAAGGAUGUUAUGAAGGUCAUGGAUGGUAUUGCCGAAUUCUCUUAUCCCACAAGCAUCCUUAACGAUCUCAUGCCCAUCUUGAAGUACGUAUAUAAACCAAGUAAUGAGAAGGCAAUAAAAGUGUAUCAACAAAUGGAAAACAUAUUUUCAUCAAAAUAUGAUGAUUUCCUAAAUGACUACACGCAAGGUAAGACCCUUCCACCAAGUUUCCUUUCACAUAUCCAGGAGGAAAUCGAUGAAAAAGGAAAAAAUUCGAUGGAAUUUGAGGAUGUAUGGCAAAUGUUGGUAGGUUUGCUCAAUGGUGCGAUGGAAACCGAAGUGAAUACAUUGAUGUGGACCGUGGCAUGUUUAGCCAAUAAUCCGGGUGUACAAGAAGAAGCGUUUAAAGAAAUAGAUAGUGCAUGUGAUAAAAACAUGCCUACGAUGGAAGAUGAACUUGAUUUACCAUAUAUUAAUGCUAUCAUCAAUGAAACCUUGAGAUAUAGACCACCAAAUGCUUUUGGUAUGAUUCAUCUGUCCAGUGAAGAUGAUGAUUAUAAUGGAUAUUUUAUACCAAAAGGAACUCCUAUAUUAUUAAAUUUAUUUGCCAUCAAUCAUAAUGAAAGAAGAUUUAUCGCUCCUGAUAGAUUCCGUCCUUCUCGAUUUUUGUCAAAUUCUUCAACUGGUUCAGUUAAAACUAAAAGUAUUUUAUUACCUCAAUUUGAAUAUGAUCCUUCUGCUAUUGAAAAGAAAAGGAAGUCAUUAUUUGGUAUAUUGAAAAACAAUAGCCCUUCGUUAACUAAUAAUACUAUGCCUAUGCAUAUGAGUUUUGGUGCCGGAAGACGUUUUUGUAUCGGUCAACAUUUGGCUCAAAAACAAUUAUUCCUUGCUCUUGCUCGUAUACUUUGGGCUUUCGAAAUCAAACCAGAUGUUAGUAAUGAUGGCUCUAUUUCAGAGAUUAAUUUAAAUGAUGGAAACGUUUCUUUAACUUCUUAUUCUCCUUCCCCUUAUAAU